AUUUUUUGUGAAUGUUUAUUUUUAUUUAAAAGAAUAAUGACAAUGUGUUAGAAAGAUGUAAGAAACCCGUUAAUUCUUCAUAUACAUAAGGCAUGUUAUGGUGCUUCAAUUAAUACUUGGGUGACAUCAAAAUUUUACAUUAAUCUGGCCUGACUCAAUUUGUGCCUAAAUCAUACGCUUGUCAGAUAAAGAUUAGUUGGCAAACAGUGAAUAUGAAGUAUCUGUGCAUAGUAUCAUCAAAUAAUAUGGAGCGCCUGUAUAUAAAUGAUGUUUCACCACCUUCAUAAGUCAAUAAUGUGCUGCUUGUCUUACGGGUAUGGUUUGUUUUAUCUGAUGAUGACAACAGAUGGUGCUGGUGGUAAAGGUACCUGGGGAAAACUACUUGAUACUGAGGUUGAAUCUUUUCUAGAUCGGAAUGAUCCCAACUAUGACAGUGGUGAGGAGCCAUAUGAGCUUCUUGGAACAACUGUCUCUGAUCCACUAGAUGAAUACAAGAAAGCUGUGGUAUCCAUCAUAGAGGAAUACUUCAGCACUGGUGAUGUAGAAGUUGCUGCUGCUUGUCUUAAGGAACUAGGAUCAAGUCAGUAUAAUCCUUAUUUUGUUAAACGCCUUGUGUCCAUGGCCAUGGACCGACACGACAAAGAGAAGGAGAUGGCUUCCGUUCUGCUCUCAGCUCUUUAUGCCGUUGUUAUCAACUCAACCCAGAUUCGUCAGGGGUUUUUCAUGCUUCUUGAAUCUGCUGAUGACCUGGCAGUGGACAUAUUGGAUGCUGUCGACAUCCUUGCUUUAUUCAUUUCUCGAGCAGUGGUUGACGAUAUUCUACCCCCGUCUUUCAUCCCCAGGGCCCGAAAAAUGCUUCCAGAGACCUCCAAGGGAUUCGAGGUUUUGCUAACUGCUGAGAAAAGCUAUCUCUCGGCACCACAUCAUGCAGAACUUGUGGAGAGGCGAUGGGGAGGUAGCACACAUCUAACUGUUGAUGAAGUGAAGAAAAAGAUUGCUGAGCUUUUAAGGGAAUAUGUUAAGUGUGGAGAUAUUUCUGAAGCCUGUAGGUGUAUUAGACAGUUGGGUGUUCCAUUUUUUCAUCACGAAGUUGUGAAAAGAGCAUUAGUUCUAGCAAUGGAGAUAAGUACAGCAGACCUGCUCAUUCGAAAGCUACUAAAGGAGGCAGCAGAUGAGGGUCUGAUAAGUUCAAGUCAAAUGGUGAAAGGUUUUACUCGAUUAAGCGAGAGCCUCGAUGAUCUUGCCCUUGAUAUUCCUUCUGCAAAGACCUUGUUCCAAACCCUUGUUCCCCAGGCAAUAUCUGAGGGAUGGCUUGAUGCAUCUUACUUAACACCUUUGGGCGAGAAUGGAGAGAAACCUGAAAAAAAUGAUGAGAAAUUAUUCCAGUACAAGGAAGAGGUUGUUAUCAUUAUUCACGAAUACUUCCUCUCUGACGAUAUUCCUGAAUUAAUUCGAAGUUUGGAAGAUCUUGGGGCACCGGAGUAUAAUCCAAUUUUUCUCAAGAAGCUGAUCAGCCUAGCCAUGGACAGGAAAAAUAGAGAGAAGGAGAUGGCAUCAGUUUUGCUUUCUGCACUUCACAUUGAGAUCUUCUCGACUGAAGACAUGGUCAAUGGCUUUGUUAUGCUUUUGGAAUCUGCGGAAGAUACUGCACUCGACAUUUUAGAUGCCUCAAAUGAACUAGCCUUUUUCCUGGCAAGGGCUGUUAUAGAUGACGUCCUUGUUCCCUUGAAUUUGGAAGAGAUUGCCAGUAAGUUGCCACAAAAUUGUAGCGGAAGUGAAACUGUGCAUAUGGCUCAAUCACUUAUAGCCGCACGUCAUGCCGGGGAAAGGAUCCUGAGGUGCUGGGGUGGUGGUACAGGCUGGGCUGUCGAGGAUGCAAAGGACAAGAUUCAGAAGCUGCUAGAAGAGUAUGAAAGUGGUGGCGUCGUCGGUGAAGCUUGCCAGUGCAUUCGUGAUCUGGGCAUGCCUUUCUUCAAUCACGAGGUGGUGAAGAAAGCUUUGGUCAUGGCAAUGGAGAAGAAAAACGACAGGAUGCUGGAUUUGCUCCAAGAAUGCUUUGGCGAGGGACUCAUAACUAUCAAUCAGAUGACCAAAGGUUUCAACAGGAUCAAGGAUGGGCUCGAUGAUCUGGCUCUUGACAUACCAAAUGCCCGGGAUAAGUUCGAAUUUUACAUGAACCUUGCCCGUGAAAGAGGCUGGCUGUUAUCGGCAUUUGGUUCGUCUGUCCCAGAUGUUACCCCAAGUGUUGCUGCGUGUUCUUGAGAAGAAAUGUAGUUUAUCUCUACGUCGUUACUUGUGCGCUUUUUAUACAAUGGAUGGUUUUCUUUUGAUCCCUUUGGGUAGGUUCUUUUACUCACUGUGUUGAUUUAAAGGGUUUCUGUUGUAGGAAAGUAGGUCUUUUGGUUUGAACUUGGAAUAGAGAAGUAGAAGCUGUGUCAUGGCCCAUGUUUGAUGCGGGAUUUGAACGGCCAAAAAAGAUCGACGUAUUUGACUUUAAAUUUAUCGAGAUCAAGGUUAAUUUUUACUUUUAUUGGAUCGAAGGA